AAUAGACACAAUACUGACGAGCGAACUGCGUAGGUUAACACUCCCAGUUCGUCACGCGCUUUCAUGUAGUCGGUCAUGAGAUUGAGAAGUAUCCGUGAACACGAUUAAUUACAUUGACUAUAAAGAUAAAGAAAACGAAUAGUGUACCGAGUAUACUUUACGAUAUUGUUAACAUUACUGCCGAGGAAGAAAAGGGAAGAUAAAAACAGCUCGUGGCAACAUUAGAGAGAAGAACUAAAAAGUAAAAUAGAUAUAUAAAUGAAAUUUAGUGGGAGAAAGAGGAGCAAAAAAAGAUUACAGCGUAAGCUAACUCGGCGGAAAAAGAAGGACCAUUUUCAAUGCUGGUCUCGGCUUUCGUCGACUAUCCGAAACAUGUAUUUGAGUUUUUUGUCAUUAUUUUCGACGGUUCAAUGGAAUUUACGUUGCAAAUUGCAAACGCUAAAGGAGAUUAUCACAAUGAGUAACGAGCAAAAGCAUCUCGAAGACUCUUCUUGUGUCUCGAUGUGGCAGAAAGUCGGAAAAGUCCAAAAACUGCUUAUGUAUCCGUUGUUGAGUAGUAUCCCGGAGUACGUUACGUCAUGCAAUCUUCACACCGACGGAAUAAUUGGGUAUAAGGACGGAACCGCUGUACAAAAUCACAUGUUCGUAGUGUACGACAGAAACACCAAUAUAAUUCAAACAGACAAGGAAGUGAUGCAUUUAAAUAUAAUGGCAAUCAAUUUCAAAGAUAAAAAUAAUAUAAUAUUGAAAGGCGUAAAUAUAGAAGAUUUAGUCCUGAAUAUGGUAGAAAUUGUAGAGGUCGAAGACACGAUUUGUACGACGUCGUUUUGCAAUAAAAUUUUGGUUACGGUAAAAGUCUCGGAUUGCGGCUCGGUGGCAGCCAAAUGGCUUAAAAGGUUUACCAAAAAAAUGAAUUUGCGUUUGGGAUACGUACAACACGAUUCGUGGUCACAAAACACAUUUUUGUACCACUAUCACGAGUUACGGUCGAAAGUUGAUGAUGACAGAAACAUUAUGAUGUCUUACGAGAAUAUUCCGCCCCUCACGUUGCUAUCGAAUGAAUCGUUCGAAAAGAUGAAGACGAGAUUAGAUUUCCCGAUGGCGCUGGAACAGUUCUAUCCGAAUAUUGUCAUUACAUGCCCCGCUGAAAAGCCGUUCAAUGAGAUCAACUGGAAGCAAAUCAAGAUCGGCGACACGAUCAUCAAUAACGUACAACAUAUAUGGGACAGAUCGAACUUUCAUUUAUUCAUUAAGUCGCAGGAAAUGCCCCUUAAUAUGAAAACAGAGAAGAUGUUAUUACAUUGCGAACUACUGUGCUCGGGAACAGUGAAAGUGGGCGAUAAUGUAUACAUCCUCAAGUUCAACAAAUACAAAUAGCUUUGACAAUAGUUAGAGAAUUCGUUCGAGAUUAGCUUUGUUUAUUAUUUGCGUUUAAUUUUACUGAUUAGUCGAAUAAUUAGCGUAGUGCGAGAGCGAAAAUGUAGCGCGCAUGAAACAAAAUGUGGAAAAAUAUGGCGGAACAUGUAGAAUAAGCGUUUCUCAUUCCAUGUCUCUGUUCUUUAAUGAAACAACAAAGAUUUGGUAGAGCUUGCUGUAAGAUUUAUCCGCUUUUGCGUUCAACCGCGCAAAAUGUGUAAAAACAAAUCCAUUAUUGCAUUAAAUAAUUAAGUGCGAUUAAUAAUGUACGAAAGUAACAAAGAUAAAUGAGAUUACCAAAUAAGUUAUUG